AUGGUAGACCAAACGAAUCUUUAUGCGGGACAGAAAAAUAAGCCCAUGAUCAAAACUAGAGUGUUAAUUGAUAUUACGAUCCCUUGCCCAAAUUAUAGAAGAAAGAAGAUAAUUAAAAUGGAAGAGAAGAAAAAGAAAGGAUCCUGGGAGCCACAGAGCUUACGAACUGCUAUUGAUAAGGUUAUGUCAAAAGAAUUGAGUGUAAGACAAGCUGCAAUGCAAUACAAUAUUCCUAAAAGCACUAUUCAUGAUAAAAUAAAGGCCCUAAAUCGAGGAGAAGAAGUAACAAUGAAACCAAAGUUAGGUAAGUUCACUAGCACCUUCUCAGCAGAGUAUGAACAAGUCUUGGUGGACCACAUAAAAGAUUUAUCGAAUAGAUGCAUGCCGCUCAUGAAAAAGGAGUUUCUAAAAUUAGCAUACGACUUAGCUGAAGUCAUGAAGAUUCCUCAUCGAUUUAAUAAAGAAAAAGGCAGUGCUGAUGCAUACAGCCAACGAUGCGACUUGUGGAUGAGAACAAAUGCUGGAUGUCGGAUAACGGAUUACGACAUUGCUGGUUUGGUCAAAGAAGCAUUUAUAAAAGUAGCUCGAUUGGAUAUUGCAGUAUCUGGAUUCAAAUGCACUGGAAUCCAUCCAUUUGACAGACAUUUAUUUUCUGACCUAGAUUAUUUGGCUGCAGAUAUGACCAAUAUACCACUAGAACAAACAGAAACUUCAUCGAACCCACUAAACAACGAACAAGCUGUCGUGAUAUCAAACUCAAUCAUAGAAGAGCAAAUAAAAGAAUCCGAACAAUCUAUUAGUGAGCCUAUAACCACAAGUCCCAAACCGUCGACAAGUUCUGCUCCCGAUCUUGUUCAGAUAAUCCAUAACUUAUCACCGUUGCCUGACGCAGCAAAAAAACGAACAGCAGCUCGAAAAAGAAAGAGUGAACGAAGUGAAAUUUUAACUUCAUCGCCAUACAAAAAAGUGGUAGAAGAAAAAGAAAAUGAAAAGAACAUGAAAGAUAAAAAGAAGGAAAUAAAAUCUAAGUUUGAAGUAGCAAUGAGAGGUAAAGGAAAGCAAACCAAAGGAAUUAAAACCAAAGGAAAGAGCGUAGACAAGGGAAAAGAAGCGACAAACGUGAAACCUAAAGGAAAGAAAGGAAGUGAAGUAGAACCAUUAACUGAAACAUCUAACACAAACAUAACAAUUUGCGUAGUUUGCUUAGAAGACACUGACGAAGACUGGAUCCAGUGCUCAUCCUGUCGUGGAUGGAUACAUGAAGCAUGUGCAGACAUUCCAGAGUGUGGAGAUGACUAUAUAUGUGAUCGAUGCAGUCCGACUAAGUCCAGGCGGGAGGUCGUUGAGGCCUUCAAAAAGAGCAUCUCUUUCAGAGAUUGCACCUAUGCUCCAGCGAGGGUCUUACCGGUCUCCAACAAUAAAAUCAGGGUGGAGUUUGACACCCAGGCGCAAUGCGACAACGCCCUUAUCAAACUUCACAGUAAACCAGACGCACCAGUGACAGCCGAACUAGCAAGGAAGCUCAAACCUAUGAUCUUGCUGAAGAGAAUCAGCUCCGACAUGGCUCCGAAAGAUCUGGUGAGUACCCUCCUAUGCCAAAACCCGCAACUUCACACAUACAGUGACACUGACAUCACCUUCUGCUUCAAAAGAGGCAACAAUAGAAGCACCCACCUCUACAAAGCCGUCCUUGUGGCUAAUCCAGCCACCUGGAAAACAAUAGUCGACAUGGGGAGAGUCUGCCUGGACUUCCAGAAGGUACACGCAGAGGACUUCUCCCCAUUCUUAGAGUACCAGAAGUGCCUCAACUUCGGGCACGUGAAAAAACACUGCCGGACUGAAGCCACACGAUGCUCUCAUUGCGCAUCAGACACCCACACACAUGACCAAUGCCCAACCACCUAA